AUGACCCUACCAGUCCUUUUCACUUCAGCCAGCAAACGGGUUGAUCUCGAUGAACACACAGAAGGCUUCGCCGCUUCCAGGAAGCCUUCAAAACCACAACUGGACCCUGCUGCUUCAGCCAAUAGUCGAACUGAUGGCAAUGAUCUUACGUCGAUCGCGGCAAGUGCUAACAUCGCUCGAGAUAUCUAUUCGAUCUAUCACACCGAACCGGAUUGUGCAAGGUGGACAAGGCAAAUGAAGAAUUUUGCCGAAUCGCUAGAGAAAUACAAUCUUGACGAUAUCACCACAAAGAGAUUAUACGAGGAUGUCAAUAGAAUUCUGCUUUGCUCCGACCCAGGUCAACCAGUCUCACACUUCAUCUCUAGCUCUGAGAAUGUGGUGAAGUCUAUUGGUGAGAUGGAGAAGAGUCUGGAAAUACAGAAAAUCUGGAAUACCCAUUUGGAAAAUACCUUCAACCAGCUUAAGAGGAGUUUACGUACCUCACAAGAUACUAAGCCACCCCAGCAUGUUUCUGUCGAUCCAAACAAUGACCUCAUCCAGAGAAUUUCGGAUCUAUGGGAUGACCAUGAACACUCAGCUCCCGGAUCAGUAUUCGAUAUCAUCUCGAAGAGAAGCUUGGCUGUUUCCGCUAUUAGUGUGGCGGUUGCAACUUACCUUGUCAUGGGUGGGAGGGAGAGUACAGUCUAG